UAUUCUUUACCCAUAAAGAUAAGAUAUGAAAAACUGCAGUAAAGCUAGUAUCAAAGGCAGCGGCGCUGAUAGCGUGAGCAGAAGAAGCGCAGCAUAUGCAAGAAUGACUAAAUUUUCCCUCUUUGAGGACGAUUUGGGAGCCGGACCCAGUACUCGCAGCCCGUCUCUUUUGCCCACGCCCAAGAAACGCAGAACCGUUCCGUCUAAACCUUCUCCUGAACCUGAACCUGAAGAGAUAGAAGCAGAAGACGAAGAGGAGGAGGAGGUGGAGGUGGAGGAAGGUGAAGCGGAAGAAGAAGAAGAAGAAGAGGACGAUGAGGAUGGGCGUGAGGAAAUGGUGCCGGGAUCCGAUGACUUUACGGAGACGGAUCGGGGUUCAGAGGAUCAGAGUGGGAACGGAUCGGUUUACGUUCAACUAACCGACCCGGAUGUGUUGGAUUGCCCUAUCUGCUUCGAUUCGCUUACCAUUCCCGUAUUUCAGUGUGAGAAUGGCCACGUGGCAUGUGCAUCUUGCUGCAUUCAUAUUAGCAACAAAUGUCCAUCUUGCGCUUGGCCAAUUGGGUACAACCGCUGUCGGGCUCUUGAGAAGGUUCUCGAGUCUGUGAAAGUCCGAUGCCCAAAUGCAAAGUAUGGCUGCAAGGAAUCUCUCAUUUAUAGCAAUCAAAAUGAGCAUCUGUCUACAUGCAUCUACGCUCCUUGUUCGUGCCCUCUCCAAAGUUGUAACUUUCUUGGCUUUUCGAGGGAAGUAUAUACCCACUUUAGCAGACAUUCAUCUUCAGCUAAAUGCUUCAUUUUCAAUUCUCCUAAACUGCUCUCUGUCGAGAACCAUCAGCGGUUCAUAUAUCUUCAAGAGUUGACUACACGGACCAUCUUUGUAGUCAACCAUAACGAUGAAAGCAGUCUUGGCAGUGCUAUCAAUAUAAUCUGCGUUGCACCCCAAUCAUCAAAGAGAAGUUUCUGUUACAAGCUAAUAGUAUGGGAUGGCGAUACGACUUUCGAACUGCAAUCACUAGCAGAAAAUGUCCCGGACUGGUCACCAUUUACACCUAUGAAGAUAUUUCUUGUGGUUCCAAGUGAUAUUACUGAGACUCGAGAUCAGCUCAUGUUGCAAGUUUGCAUAAAUGACAAAUAAAACUCCAGGAGGCCAGUCUACAUAUGUACAGGGACAACUUUGGUAUUUAGAUAAACUGAACAAAGUUAUUAUAUAUUAUGUGUAGAGGACUGGAUUCUUUUAGUUUGUUAAUGUAAUUUAACUGAUGUUGCUGGUCUUGCUUUAUUUCUGAUGCAGUU